ACUACUCAUUGUAUCAUUUUAGCUAAUGUAUGUCGAUGACUUCGAAGUCAAGAAGAUGUAAAACUUAGAAAUAUGGUUUUUGUAGAAGGUGCAAAGAAAAAAACAUAAGUUAUUAAAACGUUAGAAAAUAAUUAUACAUCAUAUAGCACAACGCUGCCACCGCCCAAAAUUCUGCGUAUAAUUAUACUUGGCUUCAGAUAUUGUUUGUAUUUUAUUACUUACAGUGAAACUAGCACAAAUAAAAAACGUGUAGCCAGAUGGUCAUGGCAAGUGAAAACAUAAUGGACGAACUAGCAACAUUAAUCCGCACAGAAAUUCCUGAUGGACGUCAGAGCUUACGCGACAGUCAUACAAACUUAGAACGCGUCGCAGAUUACUGCGAAGAUACCUAUUAUCGCGCUGACAAUAAAAAAGCUGCAUUGGAAGCUACAAAAAACUAUACGACACAGUCACUAGCCAGCGUAGCGUAUCAAAUUAAUACAUUGGCUUACAGCUACAUGCAGCUGCUGGAAUUGCAAGCGCAGCAAUUAAGUGAAAUGGAAUCACAGAUGAACCAUAUAGCACAGACGGUUCACAUUCACAAAGAGAAAGUAGCAAGAAGGGAAAUUGGUGUGCUUACUGCCAAUAAAGUGAGCUCGAGACAAUUUAAAAUAGUUGCACCUAUAAAUCCUGAAAAGCCAAUUAAAUAUGUACGUAAAGCUAUCGACUAUUCCAUACUAGAUGAAAUAGGCCAUGGAGUAAAUGCCUCGCAGUCGCGACAAAAGAUUCGUGGCUCAAGCCAUGGUUCAGUGCAAUCUUUAGUGCCUUCAUCACAGGCACCAUCAGUUGGCCCUCCACCAACUACUAAACCACCAACACCGCCUCAAAUGUCACGUGGAAAUACGGGUACACUGGGCAAAUCGGUUAGUAAUACAGGUACUUUAGGUAAAUCAAGGGAGUAUCGUACACCGCCCGUUGUUAAUCCACCGCAAGUGCCUUCGCAUUAUGCUCCAAACUAUCCAAUUGGCCAUCCAAAACGUAUGUCAUCUGCUUCUUCGAGCACAACAGUAACUGCUGGAGGCAACGAACGUGGAGUUGGUUAUAGUGCUUUACCUAUGCCACCUAGCCAACAAAUAGCAACUCAUGUUAAUCUACCUUCGGCAGGAUUGAUGCAGUCACUUCCACCUCCGCCACCCACAACAUACGACGAUCGCAGUAGUAUGCCACCACCACCAUCACCGUUGACAGUAUCGCAACAUGAAAUCACUGAACAAAGUCAUAUUGGCAUGCAUACAUUGGGCAGGAAUAUUAAUAGAAAUGGUAACAGGAAUCAUUUUAGUUUGAACUUCGCGCGGCCAGGAUCUCAAUCACCACCGUUGCCUCCACCACCUCCACCAGAGGAUGAACAUCAAGAUUUUGGUAGACCACGAACAUCUACUGCACAUGGACAAUUAGCACCAAUUGUGCCUGAAGACCAAAAUUUGCCUGGAUGGGUGCCAAAGAACUAUAUUGAAAAGGUGGUUGCAAUAUAUGACUACUAUGCAGAUAAAGAUGAUGAAUUAAGUUUCCAAGAAAGUUCCGUUUUAUACGUUUUAAAGAAAAAUGAUGACGGCUGGUGGGAAGGUGUUAUGGAUGGCGUCACUGGCUUAUUCCCUGGUAACUAUGUAGAACCAUGUGUAUAAGAAAUCAAUCAUAGUUCUACGGGUACUGCCACGUAUUUUUUAAACGAUAACUUUAUGCAUAAAUCAACAAUAUAAUUAUAUAUAUGAUAAUAGUAAUCUAAAUGAAACUGGAUUUUAAAUAUCAAUUUUUAAGUA